AUGGCCGUUAUCCAACCCGGUAUCAAACACAGCAUCUCCCGCACCACAGGGGAAAAGUACACCCCCGUCGCCCUGGCUGGCUCAGGACGCCACGGGGACGUCUGGUUUUGCACCUCCAACACAACCCCGGCCGCACUCGUCGCCCUCAAAGUCCCACGCCGAUCAAGCCACGACGAAUUAGCACGCGAAGUCGCCAUGCUGCGCGCAAUCCAGCAUCAUCUCACACGAACGACGACGGCGACGAUGCAGAAGCAUUUCCCGCAUCCCAUCGACUACUCCGCGCGCUUCCUAGCCGUACCGCCUAUCCUUGGCCCCUCGCUAACGCAGCUCGUCUCCACGGCAAAGACGUGCACGCCUCGCGCCGUGGUGCCGAAAAGCCUAGUCCUGCACAUCGCAAGACAACUUGUGGACGCCGUAGCAUUUCUGCACGGCGAAGUCUCGGUCUGCCAUCGCGAUCUGUGGGAGGGAAACGUCAUGCUGCGUCUUCCCACCCAAGAGAACCAGAUGCCAGACGUUGUACUCAUCGACUUUGGCAGCGCGGUGGAGGAGCCAGAGGGCCAGCGGUUCGCGUGGGAGAGGUCAUGUGUGUAUCGCAUGGUGGAGCGGCUUGGAGCUUUGCAUCGACGCAUGGACGGCGGUGCUGCAUCAGCGGAAAAGGACGGGGUUGGCGAGCUGGAAGACCGAGAUCGUUUCUGGAACGAGUUUAUGGGCUUUCUUGCUACUAUGACGCCGGAAAAGGAGGGCGAGGAGAUUGUCAGUUUUGCGGGCUUUAGAGAAAAGUUCGGGAUUAGUUUGGAUAUUAGGCUCGGGAAUGUGGAUGUUGGCGAGAUGAGGGAGGUUGGGGAGUUGUUGGGCAGGGCUGUGGAGAUGGGGGAGGCGCUGCCGCGGUUGCCUGGCUUGCUGUGA